GUUACCAUAGACACCGAUGCUUGAGACUCUGGCUGUUGGGCUUGCUGGGUAGUAAACAGGCACAUUUUAGGCUGCCCCGAACACCAUGAUGCUUAUGGAACUUGCAGGGCUAUGUUUCCUGCUCUUGUUACCCGCUUGCUCCUGGUCACAAUCAACAUCAAUCCGCUUUGUAGAGCCAGCGAGCUGCUCGGCGACUCAAUUCUAUAAUAUCGUGUCCUUCUCUUGUCAGCCCUGUGGAGAGCCACGAGUAAAGGGAUCUGAUGGUCUGAGCUGCACAUGUAAAGAUGGCUAUGCAGAGGUGGACCUGGGCUCACCAUUGGUGACCUGCAACAAGUGUAAUAACAGCACAGUGUCGCUGGACAAGAAAAUGUGCCUGACAUGUGCAGGCUCUGGCUGUUCCUGUGGAGCCAACCAAGUGAGAGAGGAAAACCUUGUUGCCAAAACAUAUACGUGUACCACAUGUAAUGGAGACACAGUGGCAAAUUCUGCUGGAGACCAGUGUGUACAGUGCCAACAAACAAUGGUAUCCAGCAACUGCAGCUGUUUACCAAAUUUAUUGACUGGAGGUUUAUGUUUCCCUGAUGUAAAGCAGAGUUUGACAGAGGUCUCGCUAUGGGAGUCUUUGUUUUUAGAAUCCAGUGUCCUGGCCUGCAAAAAUUACGACAAUAUAACUGCCUGCCAGCUCCUCACUAACAUGGUGACUCUGAACGCCUUCUCCUGGGAAAGCAUUGCCUACAACCAGUAUGACAGCUUAUACACAUCAACAAUAAAAAAAACCUACCUACCCCAGCUAUUUUAUAGCAGUAGCAGUAGCCUUGUUGUGCUGGGAAGUACUGCACCGACAACCAUCUCAUUCCAGAAGAACUCUCGGAUGCAAUUCAAGAUUACGAAAUACGAUGCCCGAGGAAACUUCUUGGGUUGGGAAGAUGUGAAAGGAGCAUCCUUGCAGUUGUGUCCAAAUACUCAAAACAUUUUGGAUGCUGCAUUUAAAUUUGGGACGUCGUACACUUUAUCGUGCACGUUACAGUUAUCAGAUCUCCUGCAGCAGGUCCCUGAGCCUGUGUUUUAUGAGCUCUUCUUUUCCUACACCAAUAGCAGUGGAGCCAGCUUGUUGUGGCCCGUUCCUGUGUGGAAUUCAGAUCUUCAAGCCAGCACCAAUUCACUCAGCUCUAAACCACUGAGAAGGUUCUUUCUAGUUGACGGCAUCUCUGGCAGACAGGGGAGUCUCUCCAGCCAACCCACCUACCUAACUGUAGCUACAGGACUAACCCUCAGAGUGUACCUGCCAGUCAGCCCUCCAGGGACUGAGCCUCCGUUUCAGCUUACAGUCAAAUAUGAAAAGAAGCAGUUUACCUCCAGAACUGUCCAGGUCUCAUUUUCUGUUACAUACAGCAACAGCCAGGGAACCUAUAAGCGAGACACAGAUAUAGCACUCGGUGUUCUUGGAUCCUUGGCUACGCUUUACGCCAUUGUAAGAACCAACAGCUGGCUACGGCGUUCGCGGCAUCAGAAUAUAGACUUUACGAUAAUAAUUACGUUUUUAGCCUUCCUGUCCGGUGCUCUGGCCAAUACUUUUUUCAUUAUCGCUUUGGGAAUAGCAAUAUAUUGGCUUAUAGCAUUUAAGGGACAAAACUCCUCAGUAAAUGUCAGCUUACCUCCUAUUGGUGGACAAAUUGAGACAGAUUUCAUUAUCUACGUAUCAGUGGCCUUUGCAUUAAAGACACUUGAAUUACUGCAUCUAUUUGUCACUCAGUUGAGCCUGUCUAUCUUCUUCAUUGACUGGGAAAAGCCGAAAGAUAAAAUUUCUAGUUCACAAGGAAAGCCAAACGUAAGCUUCUGGAGGACUAUUCUUGUGGCCAAUGAGUGGAAUGAGAUCCAGACUCACAGAAAGCUAAGUCCCCUUUUUCAGAUCUUCAUCGUACUGCUCCUCCUAGAGGUUGUAGGUCUCAAGAAUAUCACUGCUAGAGAUUUAAAUUUGGAUUUAAACCCCGCAACAGGCACCUACCUAGCAUCAUGGAGCAUCAUCCUCCGAUUUGGCAUCUCUGCUUGCAUGUGGUUGGCUGUGGGUCUUGUUCAGGUUCUUUUCUUUGUUUUUAUCUAUGAACGCUUUUUUGAAGACAAAAUCCAACAGUUUGUGGAUAUCUGUUCAUUAAGCAAUUUUGCAAGUCUCUUACGCUCUCAAAUUGGAAGGAAGAACCUGUCCAAGCAAACCAUGGUAGAAGAGAAUUUCCUGAUUUAAAAGAAAUGCUGCAAUGAAUCACUGUUUUCACUACAAUAGACAGAAUACUACUAUGUGCUGUUCAGUGUUCAAUGAGCACAUGCACAGCUCAUGCGCAGCUUUCCUAUAUAUUGUGAGACUAUAUAAAAAAAAAUUAUCCGGCUCUGAAUAAAUGCAGAUGUUUCUUUUGCAUAGAAUUAUACUUUAAACCCAGCUUUUAAAUUAAUUUAGACUGUUAAUAUACUUGAUGGUUAUUUUUUUAAUAUUACAAAAUGAACUGUAAUAUCAUUAAACUGAUAUGUGAGAAGCA